AUGUCUGUCUGCAAACAGACCCAGUUUAGACUUUCCCAGGUGCUGCACUGGGCUCAGAGCAACGCCGACUACGUCGUCCCCCUCUACUGCUUUGAUCCCCGGCACUACCUGGGCACCCACUGCUACCGCUUCCCCAAGACGGGGCCGCGGCGGCUCCGGUUCCUGCUGGAAAGCGUGAGAGAUCUGAGGGAAACCCUGAAGAAAAAAGGAAGUACGCUAGUGGUGAGGAAAGGGAAGCCGGAAGAUGUGGUCCAUGAUCUAAUUUCUCAGCUGGGCUCUGUGAGUGCUGUGGCUUUCCAUGAAGAGGCUACAAAGGAGGAGUUGGAUGUCGAGAAAGGGCUGUGCCAGGUGUGUAGUCAGCAUGGAGUGAAGAUCCAGACGUUCUGGGGAUCCACUCUGUAUCACCGGGAUGACCUUCCCUUCAGGCCUGUUGCCAGAUUGCCGGAUGUCUACACCCAAUUUCGAAAAGCCGUGGAAACCGAGGCGAAGGUACGACCAACGCUACACAUGGCAGAUCAGCUAAAGCCUCUGCCUCCAGGGAUGGAAGAAGGAUGUAUCCCUACGAUGGAGGAUUUGGGACAGAAGGAUUUCAUAACUGAUCCACGAACAGCCUUCCCCUGCAGUGGAGGAGAGACCCAGGCUUUAAUAAGGCUACAGUAUUAUUUCUGGGACACGAACCUGGUUGCCUCUUACAAGGAGACAAGGAACGGACUCAUAGGAAUGGAUUAUUCAACCAAAUUUGCACCAUGGCUGGCAUUAGGCUGUAUUUCACCUCGAUACAUAUAUGAGCAGAUCCGGAAGUAUGAAAAAGACAGAACGGCCAAUCAGAGCACAUAUUGGGUCCUAUUUGAACUGCUGUGGCGGGAUUACUUCCGAUUUGUGGCCCUGAAGUAUGGCAGAAGGAUUUUCUCACUGAGAG